CAAUGUCUUAAAAUAAAAGUACGUUCGAUCACUUAAAUAGUUAUCUUACUAGGCGACUGUGGAGUAGGCAAGACAACAAUUCUGCACAAGUAACUUUACUGAAUGAGAUUAAGGUUCUUAGAUAUCAAUUCACAACCUGAAACCACAAUUGGAGUUUAGCAUCAUUCAUUUUCUAGAAAUAAUAUAAAAUUUUCAAUUUGGGACACUGCUGGAUAAGAAAAAUAUAGAUCAAUUGUUUCAAGGUUUAUCCUUUAUUAUAUUAAAUAUAGUCAUUAUAAGAGAGCCAAAGCAGCUUUAUUAAUUUAUGAUUGUUCAAGUGAGGAAACUUUAUUACAUAUUGACAAAUGGAUUGAAGAAUUAAUAUUUUAAGUUGGAACAAAAAUAAUAAUGAUUUUAAUAGGAGUAUUAUUAUAUCUAUUUUACUUUAUUAGAAUAAAACAGAUUUACAAAAAGUUGAUUUUAAUGAAUCUGUUUAGAAUUUGUAAGAUAAAUAUGAAAUAAAUUAUCAUAUAUUAACAAAUCAUAAAGAUGCUGAAUUCAAAGAUAAAAUGA